GCGGCCCACGCGCUCGGGAGUCCCGGCUGCAGCUGCGGGGCGCGCGCGGGCUUCUGCGGCUGGAGCCUGGGGUGCUGGGGGCCGCGGUCUCCGCGAACUCGGGGCCAGCCCAUCCUGGAGGCGGCGGAGCCGCGGGGACUCGGGACGGAGGCUGCCGGCGCUGGGUGACCCCGGCAAGCUGAGCUCGGGAUGCGGGCGCUGCUGCCGCCCGCGCUGCUGACCUGCUGGCUGCUCGCCCCCGUCAACAGCAUUCACCCAGAAUGCCGAUUUCAUCUGGAAAUACAGGAGGAAGAAACAAAAUGUGCAGAGCUUCUGAGGUCUCAAACAGAAAAAUCCAAAGCCUGCAGUGGCGUCUGGGACAACAUCACGUGCUGGCGGCCUGCCAAUGUGGGAGAGACAGUUACGGUGCCCUGCCCAAAAGUCUUCAGCAAUUUUUACAGCAAAGCAGGAAACAUAAGCAAAAACUGUACGAGUGAUGGGUGGUCGGAGACUUUCCCGGAUUUCAUAGAUGCCUGUGGCUACAGCGACCCGGAGGAUGAGGGCAAGAUCAUGUUUUAUAUUCUGGUGAAGGCCAUUUACACCCUGGGCUACAGUGUCUCUCUGAUGUCCCUUGCAACAGGAAGCAUAAUUCUGUGCCUCUUCAGGAAGCUGCACUGCACCAGGAACUACAUCCACCUGAACCUGUUCCUGUCCUUCAUCCUGAGAGCCAUCUCAGUGCUGGUCAAGGACGACGUUCUCUACUCCAGCUCGGGCACAUUGCACUGCCCCGACCAGCCAUCCUCCUGGGUGGGCUGCAAGCUGAGCCUGGUCUUCCUGCAGUACUGCAUCAUGGCCAACUUCUUCUGGCUGCUGGUGGAGGGGCUCUACCUCCACACCCUCCUGGUGGCCAUGCUCCCCCCAGGAAGGUGCUUCCUGGCCUACCUCCUGAUUGGAUGGGGCCUCCCCACCGUCUGCAUCGGGGCGUGGACUGUGGCCAGGCUCUACUUAGAAGACACUGGUUGCUGGGAUACAAACGACCACAGUGUGCCCUGGUGGGUCAUACGAAUACCGAUUUUAACCUCCAUCAUUGUCAAUUUUGUCCUUUUCAUCAGUAUCAUAAGAAUUUUGCUGCAGAAGUUAAAGUCACCAGAUGUCAGCGGCAAUGACCAGUCACAGUACAAGAGGCUGGCCAAGUCCACACUCCUGCUCAUCCCGCUGUUUGGCGUCCACUACAUGGUGUUUGCCGUGUUUCCCAUCAGCAUCUCCUCCAAAUACCAGAUUCUGUUUGAACUGUGCCUUGGGUCAUUCCAGGGCCUGGUGGUGGCCGUCCUCUACUGUUUCCUGAACAGUGAGGUGCAGUGCGAGCUGAAGCGAAAAUGGCGAAGCCAGUGCCCGACCCCGUCCUCCAGCAGAGAUUACAGGGUCUGUGGCUCCUCCAUCUCCCGCAACGGCUCGGAGGGUGCCCUGCAGUUCUACCGCGGCUCCCGAACUCAGUCCUUCCUGCAGACGGAGACCUCUGUUAUCUAGCCCGACCCCCGCCUGUGGACGCAGCGGGAGCCCAUGGUCCUGGGGCUGACACAGACUGAUGGGGGCUGACACUGUCAGGCAGGUCAGCACGGUCCUCAUGCAGUCAAGCUGGUUGUCCACCAAACCCCACACGUGGAACUGGGGUCGUGUUGUCAUUGACUCGAUUUAAACUCCAGCAUUUAGAUAAUUUUGUUCAGCAUGUGUUUCAGCCCUAUAGUUGGAUCCAUUUUCGAAGAGAAUAGGGAAGCCAAGAAGGAAAUGUGGAAAUGCAGUUGCAUGACCCAGCAAGGGCCUGGGCGACCACAGGUGACGUCCAUGCCAUUUCAGGGCAGCCUCCCAGGUCCCACAGGGCAGCCCCCUCGUGUGCAGGACAGAGGGAAGCCGGUCAGGGCCCCCCUGACAUUAGGACCAGGAUAAAUCAAUGCAAGGGCAACCUGCCUUCCCUCCUGGGGUUCCCACCUGGCCUGCCAGAGCCCUUCCCCCCCAACUCUUCCCACAGGGCCCAGCAUAGCCGCCUCCACAGGGCUGUUCUGCCUCCCUAUGGAAAGCGGGCUGAGGAGACCACCAGAUCAAGAGAGCAGGUCAUGAAGGAGGGGGUGCCCUCCACGUAGGUGUUGGGAGGCCCCUCAGCAGCCAGGGCUCUGCCUUGGGAAGUCACCUGCCACCCUGUGGGGGCCAUGGAGCCCAACACUCAGCCUCAGGCCAGCCACAGCCAGGCCUGCAGCCCCUGGUGAUGGGGUCAGGUGGGCAUGAGAAAUAGCUGAAUGGUAACCGGAAACCUAUUAUCUUUUUAACAAAAAUCAUCUUAGAAUCAUUUCUGUCUAAAUGGAGAAUUAUUUUAACAACAUAUACAACUGUUUCAAGCCCUCCUCCCCAGAGCUGGUGCUAGGCAGCCCUAGCGGCUGUUCCGUGACCUGCAGACUUGGAGAGGGUGUCUGGGGACGUUGCUGAGCUGGCUGCAGAAGGGUAGGGACAUCUGAGUGCAGUCUCCAUGCCUGUGACAUGCCCUGGUCCCCGCAGCGCCUGGCAGACCUCAGCAGGCCACCCUUUCCUAGCCCAGGUGCCUCAACGGCGGGGCUGGGUUAUUCUGAGUACAUCUGACUCUGCUUUUCCCCUUAAAAAUGAACAUCUUUUUCCCAUGCCUUGGUGCCAUCACAGACCCCAGCUGGAGCGAGGUGCCAAAGGUCAGGACAGCUGUGCUGGGAGGCGGCCACAGGGAAGCUCACAAAUCCUGACAGCAUCACCUUGGUUUGGAAAACCCACGUCCCCAGUAAAAUGAGGCCAGACAGAGGGGCUGAUAGGAUGGCAAACCAGCAGUGUCCAGAGACCCCUCAAUCCCCUACGCUCAGCGCUCCAUACUGCAUGCCCUGGGCCUCACCAACCACGCCCCAUCCUAUAUGCCCUGGGCCACACCAGCCACGCCCCAUCCUGCACGCCCCGGGCCACGCUGGUCAUACCACUGUAUUGCAAUGGACUCAUCUCUGGACUUCUGGGGAGAAUGAGCCCAAGGUUAGUUUGGAGAUGCAGGUGAGGCUGUCACAAGAUCUAGAGAACAACUAACCCACCAAUUCUGGGGGCUGCAGAGGCUCCAUCAGGGACUGGUGGGGAGCAAAUGACCCAGGGCAGGUGGCCAGGAAAGGAUGGUGGAGUGUGUGGAGUGCAGUGAGAGAGAAGCAGGUGGAUGCUGCAGACUCCAAGUUCAGUCCCGCCCAUUGGCUACACCCUGCCCCUCUGCUGCUCCUCCCUGUAGGGUUUGGGAGACCCACCCCCAGCCUUGCCUGGCUUUAAAAGGACAAAGAGGGCAUCCCCCACCCACUCAGGGUUUUGAGGAAACAGAUUUGUGGUAACUGAAGGUGUUGGGUCAGUGACCAGGUGUGGACACUGAGCUGUGACACAGAGGGGAUGCAGAGGAAGUGGGCGUGGCCAUCAUGGUCAGGCGGUCACCGGGCACUGGUUGUGUGGCUAUCAGAUGGUUGGGUGUGGGUGGUCAUCAAUCUUCAGGUAGGUGCAGGGGACAGUGUUCAGCAGAGCUGAGGACCGGUUCCUCCUGCCUGGUAGAGGGGCAGGCUGCCCACUGUUCCUGGCAGAUACCUGGUGAGCAGAGGAUGCAGGCCCUAGCAGUCAGCAGGUGUCUUUAACUGUAAUCUUCUGUAGAAUGUCUCAAACUCCUCCACGUGGCAGGAAUGAGCUGUGUAAAUACUUCAAUAAAAUCUGUCCUCACAUCUGCA